AUGGCCUUCACCCCGCUCGUCACUCGGGUGGUGACUGCUUUGGUGCUGUUAGCCGUGCUGUCGGUCAAAGUCCAAGCAGGCGGCCUCAUUGCCCCCGACACGCUCAUUGCCAACCAGGCCGCGAAUGUCACUCUCUCCGAAACACUGGACAAAGAUUCGGAACUGCGGAAAACAUACAAUGGCUACCGCGUCUACCUCGCGCUGACGCCGCCGGGCUGGGGCACAGGACCCGAGUGCUGGCUCGCCGACAACCUGGAUCUGCGCCCCCAACAAGUCAGCGUCAUUGUCCCCAGCGAUGUGGUGCCGAACGGUACAAAGGUUCAAUUCGCCGCCAGUCUCAUUAAGAAGGGGCAGGAGAACGCGCAUGGGUUCUUCUACAGCAACAAAGUCAUUUUCCAGCAAGGCAACGGCACUUGGAGCCAACGGGAGUUGAAUGGGCGGAACAUGGCCAACGAGAACAUAGUCAACUGCCAGGCUUUGGGAUGUGUGCGGCGGUGUAACGAUCAGUACUACACAGGCGAGGAAUCCAGCGAGAAGGCAGCCGACGAUUGUUCCAACCAAUGCGUCAAGGACUGGCGUGCUGCUAACUCGGGCGCACCAUCUCUUAGAAUAUCCGCUGCUGCUGCGUUGGUCGGAACCACAGCCUUUCUGUGGCUUUAG